GUCCCCUCGACCUCUGAGGUUUUUAAUCUGUGACAUGAUUGGCUGGGCAGGUCCUCUCACAGAGCGGGUGUGGAAGGCUUUAGAAUAAAAGUACAGUAGUACUGUCAGCAUCAAACCGCUCUGAACCCAGACACACAGCAGCUUCGUGGCGCUUUUCUUUCACGUCCCGCUAUGUCCUCAGACAGCACCAUGGACUUGGACUUGGAGCUUGGUGAGUUGCUCCAGGAGUUCCAGGAUGUGGUGGAGGAGCUGAAGGCCCCUUCUCAAAGCAGACCGCAUGCUUACCAGAAAGCAUUGCACGAGGCCAAAACUCUCACAGGGCUGAGUGAAGACAGUGGAGUCGAGGACUCAGAUUACAGCAGUGAACCAUCUAUGGGGAACAGUUUGAAUACCAGUGAGGAGGAGCUCCACACAGCAGGAAUAACGCUGGCAUCAAAAGCCAAGCUGGGAGACACAAGGGAUCUUGAGAGUUUUAUCGACAUGUUGGACCGGGAACUUGCUGGUGCGUAUUUAAGAAAAUUACACCCUCUAUCAUCUAAUCUUUUCUUGACUUCUUUUGUACUGAGUCGACAAGCCAGCAGGUUGGAGUAUGUUACAGUGGCAGAGACGCGCCGACAUGAGCGUGGCGUAUGUUUUGGUGUUUUGGACUGUGUAGCAGUAUCCAGCUUGUUUCUACAGUGUACUGUACCCCCUGCUGUUUAUCUCUGAGCACCCUUUAUGUGUAAAUAUCAUGUCUGAGGACUCAGGUGGACUAUCUACACGCGCUUUAGUGAUAAUGGCAUACUUGACUACAUGAGCGUCAUGAUCCUGCUAUCAGCGGUAAAGCAGUGGUGUUCCAGAGGCCCCUAAACACACACGCAUCACCCAGAGCACGCACACAAGCAACAGGGAGCAAAGCAUAAAUCCACUGCUAUCAGUGGUCUCGACACAAAGCGAAUUAACGUUACAAAUUAAUCGUAACUCCCCGUGUAUCUCUACAAGGCUCACUUAGUCACUGCAUGUUGAUGUGU